AUCACAUGACGCUACACGGAAGCCGUAAUCUGCCUCGGCAAAUGCACUCUUUUUAAACGACACAUUCUUAGGGGAAGCGACGGCUGUAAAGACUCAAUGAGAAAGAAACUUGAAAUACUACAAAAGAUCAGCAUGGGUGUUUCAGAAUCUGAGGAAUCUUCUAUGUUAUUGGACGAAAAGCUGCUCCGUUUCAUGGAGCAGCUUGAGCUAUUAGAGGAGAAACGAGCCUCUCUCAACUCUCUCAUCGAGCAGGGAUGGUUUUCAAUGUCCAAGGCUAGAUAUUCUAUGGGAAACAAACACGUAUCUCCUCUCCAGUAUGCGAGUGAGAUGCAGCCACUGGUCCUUGUUCAUGCCAAAACACUGGACAGUGGUGAGUUGGAUUUUUCCACAGAACGGUUGGAACAAAAGUGUAUUAAGGAGGUCGGCGCAGAUAGCCAGUCAAUAGAGGAAAUUGGGCCUCAAGAAGAAGGUGUCAGAAGAAGAAUCAAACCAAAAGAGGAUAUUAUAAAGAAAGAGGUGACUGAAGAAACGAGCCGUGAGAAUGCUCCUGAAGAAACUCCAGUAAGAAAAAGCAACCAGAAUCUCCAGCAAGAUCCACUCAAAUGGUUUGGGAUUCUCGUGCCACAGUCUCUCAAACAUGCACAGUUGUCAUUUAAGCAAGUUCUGGAGCUGUCUGCUGAAAUUGCAACCCUUCAGGCUGCAGUUUUAAGCACCCGACAGGAGCUGAGGCACAGCAAGAUGGACCAACACAUUCUGCAGCAGGAAGCUUCGGCAACCCACUUGGACAAGGUGGCAGACUGAAUAACUCUGAGUCCGAUCUAGGGAUGAUCUGAGACAGUGAACGUGGUCGGAGUCGCUAGAUGAUGCGUAAAGGCCAAUGGAGUUCGACAGCAGUCUCCCCGGUGGAUUGUGUGGAUUGCAGAGGAUUCUUCAGUUACUCAUUGUCUAAGUAGUGAUUCGUUUUGUUACUAGCCUGUGCGUCCGGACUGUGUCACUCAUCAAUGUGGCUCGCUAGAGAUGGAUCUGUUUGUGAAUGCUGUCUUUUACUAUUUUAAAUAAAUUGUAAGUUGUGGACUGCAAGAUCUAUUUAUGAACCUUGACAGACUUGAUUGAUUCUUUUCAAUUAACUGCAUCCCUUUUAAAGGAUUUAUCAAUUUCAUUAUCAGACUUGCUCAUUGAUGAUUUGCUAAUGCUUCCUAGAUCAAUUCUGAGAAAUGAAUACAAA